CAGGUUUGUUCAGGCGGCGGCGUGUGGAGGUGGAGCUGAAGGUCAUUGUUGGCAGCGCCGGGAACCCGUCCUCUCCUUUUCCCUCCUCCUCCUCCUCCUCCUCCUCCCCCCUCACUCACUCACUCACUCUCUCCCGCUCCGGGUGGCAAUGGCGUGCGCCUCCUCGCUCUUUGCUGCGGUGCCGCUGGCGGCGCCCGUCGCCGUCUUCAAGCUGACCGCCGACUUCAGGGAGGACCCGCACCCCAAGAAGGUCAACCUGGGAGUGGGAGCUUAUCGUACAGAUGAAGGUCAACCCUGGGUCUUGCCUGUAGUGAGGAAAGUGGAACAACAGAUUGCUAGUGACACCAAUCUUAAUCAUGAAUAUGUGCCCAUCCUGGGCCUUCCAGAGUACACCAAACGAGCUUGUGAGCUAGUUCUUGGAAAGGACAGUCCUGCCAUUGCAGAAAACAGGGUUGGCGGUGUGCAGUGUUUAGGAGGAACUGGUGCACUUCGCAUUGGUGGUGACUUUCUGCGCCUUUGGUAUAACGGAACUAACAAUACAUCCACGCCUUUAUAUGUUUCUGCACCGACGUGGGCAAACCACAAUGGAGUGUUUGGUGCUGCAGGAUUCACUGACAUACGCAGCUAUCGUUACUGGGACCCAGCCAAUCGUGGCCUUGAUCUACAAGGACUUCUGGGGGAUAUGGAGAAAGCUCCGGAAUUUUCCAUUUUUGUGCUGCAUGCAUGCGCGCACAAUCCAACUGGUACAGACCCAAGUCCAGAGCAAUGGCAGAAGAUUGCUGAGGUCAUGAAGAGAAGGUCCCUUUUCCCUUUCUUUGAUGCAGCCUAUCAGGGCUUUGCAUCUGGAGACUUGGAUAAAGAUGCCUGGGCUAUUCGUUACUUUGUGAGCCAGGGUUUUGAGCUCUUCUGUGCACAGUCCUUUUCUAAGAAUUUUGGACUAUACAAUGAACGAGUUGGGAAUCUGUGCAUUGUAGCCAAGGACAAUGACAAUCUGACCAGGAUUCGCUCUCAAAUGGAGAAGAUAGCCCGUACUGUAUGGUCAAACCCACCAGCUCAUGGGGCUCGCGUUGUAGCCGUCACCCUUUGUAACCCACAGCUCUAUACUGAAUGGAAAGGUAAUGUGAAGACUAUGGCUGACCGUGUGUUACUGAUGAGAGCACAGCUGAGGGAGAAGCUGGAGAAACUGGGAACGCCUGGCACAUGGGACCAUCUCACCCAGCAGAUCGGAAUGUUCAGUUUCACAGGACUUGACCCUUCCCAGGUUGAUUAUAUGAUUAAGAAGAAACACAUCUAUCUCAUGGCCAGUGGCCGCAUCAACAUGUGUGGGUUAACCACUAGCAACUUGGACUAUGUGGCAGAAUCCAUUCAUGAAGCAGUGACAAACAGCCAGUGGAGAAAGUAAAAGAAAGGAUUUCACCCCCUCUGCUAUUUGCAUAUGGGCCAUCUGAUUAAAACCCAAAUCUUCAAUCGUUUCAUCAAUUUGCGACGUUUAGUGAUAUACUCAGUCGCUAUAGAACAAAAAGCAAGCACAUUAGUGAUUCAGUUCCAUUAUAUAUGCAGCUGUAAGCUUCUAAUAAUGUCUAGAAAAUAAUAUAUGGAAUGUUUAAGUGUGAUCUAACUAACAAAUUCAUCCAAUGUAUAAAUGUAAUGGGUCACACCGAAAACAAUGCAAUAUAAAGAAACAACAUUUUAAAAUCA